AUGGAGAGAAUGUGGGGAAUUACCGAGAAGACCUUGGCUUGCACAGUAAACCAGUUCUCAGUUCUACUUUUUGACAUCAUUAAGCAUGGGUUUGAGUUUGACUCGCGAAAAUUCUCAGAAGAGACCUGCGAGAGUUUUUUAUGCUGCCGUGUUUGCAAAAAGCGGUAUAUACCCAAAUGUAAUUGGACUUAUCGACGGCACAAUGCAGAGGGUCUCUCGCAUAACUAUAAACGAGGAGCAGAAACACAUCCAUUGUCUGAAAUACCAGGCGAUUGCCAUCCCCGAUGGAAUCACAACAAUGACGCAAAAAUCUUUGACCAGUCAAAGACCCUGCAGAGACCUAUUGCUCAUGUGGAUCAUAUGCAGCCAGAAAAUGACCCAGAUCUCAAAUAUGCUUUAUAUGGUGACCACGCAUACAAGAAAUUGCUCAAGAUGACCGCAGAAAGGAAUGGAAUACUGCGCAAUCCUGUUAGAAACAUCAUUGUCGAUGAUUUACUAGAAUACUGCCUUGCAGUUAACAAAGAGCAUGGGAUUUUACCAAUUGUUAUUGCCUUUGGUAUACACCCUACAAAAGAAAAUGUAACCAACGAUUUAGUAGAAAGUAGCCAAAUCAUAUACGAAAGAAUAUCCUUCAAGGAACGUGCCGAUGAGACAGUACAACUGCUUUAUAGUAUUGCAAAACAAAUUUCUGUAAACGAAGUUACCUUGGAAGAACGAACAAUCGACGUUCUUUUGAAUAUGUGUUUUCAUAAAAUCAGAAAAGCACUAGAGCUUGAAGAUGUGGAAGAGCCAAGAAAACGCACAAGAGAGUAUACAAGAAGAUGGGUAUGCAUAUUUGGAAACACGCGAGACAAAGUAUCGACAUACAUCUUUGUCUGGACCUUUAGAUCUACCAGAAGAAGCAAAGAAAAAGAAAAAGGAAAACUUCUAAACAAACACUAA